CUCUCAAGCUUUUUCAGAAGUGGAGUUGGGGCUAUCAGAAUGCUAUCGGGCCAUGGUAGGUGUGUAUUUGAUGUAUGAGAAGGCAUCAGCCGUGACAAUGGGUUACCCGGUAACCAUUUUGACUCAUCACAGCUUGAGAAAUCUUUUGAAUCAUGGUAAGUACACUUUGACAUCGUCUAGGUUGAGAGAUUACUACAGACUCCUGGAACAGGAGGAUGUCACUUUGGCAAGGUGUACUACUGUGAAUCCGGCUGAGGCCCUCCCUACAUCUGAGGACGGGGAACCUCAUGAUUGUGUGAAAGAGGCUGAGAAAUAUUCAAAGCUCAGGUCUGAUUUGAAGGCACUUCCUUUGAAGGAGGCCGAUCUGGAGCUUUGGACAGAUGGAUCGUGUUACCGGAUUGGUAAUGGUUUGGUGGCUGGCUAUGCUGUCGUUAAAGCCAGUGGAGACCAGUUUGAGACAGUUAAAGCUGAAAUAGUUCCUCAGCCUGCAUCAGCUCAGUUAGCAGAACUGGUUGGUUUGACUGAGGCAUGUCUUUUAGCUGAAGGCAGGAAAGUGACCAUCUAUACUGAUUCAGCUUAUGCUCAUAAUGUUUGUCAUCUAUUUGGAGCUGUAUGGAGAAACCGAGGGUUCA